AGCCAAAAGCGUCUAAACAAAAAUUUCUGUUGCUUGUUGCACAAAAUAAGCAAAAGAAAUGUCAUUGCCGGCAAUCGAGAUAAUUGUGGGCACCUACAGCGAAUAUCUGUUGGGCUACCAGCUGAUCAGGCAGCGCGACGAUAGCCAAGCACAAUUAAAGCAAACAUUUGCCGAUAAAUCGCAUGCCGGCUCCAUAAAAUGUUUGGCCGCCAAGGGAAAAUGGAUCGCCAGCGGUGGCAUCGAUGAUCGCAUCUUCAUAUACGAUAUGGAGCGACGCAAACAGGCGCAUAUUCUGACCAAUCACACGGGCACAAUUAACACACUCGUCUUCGCAUCGGACGCGACGCAUCUGUUGUCGGGCGGCGCCGAUGGCCACAUGAUUGCCACCCGUGUCGGCAGCUGGCGAAUCGAGGGCGACUGGCCGAAGGCGCAUAAUCGCAAAGCGGUUAAUCUGCUCGCCUGCCAUCCCAGCAAUCGUCUGGCCCUCUCCCUGGGCGCCGAUCUCGUGUUGAACACAUGGAAUCUGAUCAAGGGUCGCGUCGCAUACCGCACCAAUUUGCGGAGCAAACGAGAGCUGGGCACGGCACCCGACUGUCUGUCCUGGUCCACAACCGGUGAACAUUUCACGCUCAGUGGCCCACUAGCUUUGGCCAUUUUUGAGAUACGCUCGGCCAGCAUUGUGCGCCAUAUUAAGUUGCCAGCGAAAGCCAUUUGUGUCGCCUGGCUGGAUGCCUCCAAUUGUUUGGCAGGCCUCGAAAACGGCAGCAUUGCCUGGAUCUCACUGGAGGAGGGGGGCGAGGAGGAUCAGGAGCAGCAUCCGCACAUAAUUGCAGCGCACGAGCAGCGCGUGAAGGCCAUGUCCUGCCUGCAGGACACUCUGGUCACCAUAUCCAGCUCGGGCGAGCUCAAAGUGUGGCAAUUUCCAAGUGUGGCCGAUAAAAAGCUGCAGCUGCUUGCCGAGGCCAACAUCGAUUGUCGUCCAACUUGUCUGGCACUGCUCGACUUACAACAGUGUGGCAAGCAGCAGCAGGAGCCGCAGCACGACAAACAGUUGCCAGAAAGUCGACUGGAUUCGCGGCAGCCAAAGGAGCAGCAGCCAGCAAUGGCAACAAGGCGUGGCUUUGUCUCCAUAGAAUUUGAUCAGCAGGCUAAAGAUGACGAGGAAAACAGUGAAAAUUCACCAGUGAGUGCUGAAGAAGAGGCGGAGAGUGAUGACGCGGAGAGUGAUGACGCGGAGAGUGAUGAAGAGGAGAGUGAUGAAGUAGAGAGCGACGAGGAGGAGGAUGAGCGGCAAGCACAGAAGCAACAACGUGUUACCAAUCGCAAGCGUCAAGCGCCUCUCAAAAGUGCUCUAAAAUCAAAUAAGUCUAAAAAAUCAAAGACAAACAAAUAACAACAAUCAAAUUUUGCAGCAUUUUGCAUUUUU